GUGGUACGAGUAUGACCUCGUUCUGUUCUACUACCAAACCAAAUGACUUUUAGUAAAGCACGAUAAUCUAGUUAAGUCAGUAAAGGGAAUUUGCUCCAGUCGUUGGGUAGCAACAAAGAGCUGCCAGGAUGUCAGAAUUCUCCUCGGAAAGCAGGUCACACCGCGAACACCUCAUCGAAGAGAUGGAAAAACACUUUCCUGCAGGGCCACUGGACAGCUACCGAAAACGUGCUUCCUUCGACUGGUUUCAAAUGAAAGUGUUUAUAGAUGGCGGAGAAGAUGUUGUAAGAUUUAAACACAAUGUCUGGAAAACCAUGGAAAAAGACCCACUGUUUAAUCGCGCAAACGAUAGCAAAUUGACAUUCGAUGAACGAAGGCGACUCACAAUGAAACGGUGCAAAAGAGUUUUGGAGUACAAUUUUUUGACUGAUAAUGAAGUUAUGGCUAGGCCUCUCUUGGUUCAGGUAUUCAAUGACUUAUUAGGAACCUUGGAUUGGAGUAUAUCUACAAAAUAUCUCUUGAACAGAUCGGUGUUUGGUCUUCAAAUUAAAACAUCAAGCACACAUGAACACAUCCAGGAACUUGGAGAUAAAGCUGAGAGGUUUGAGAUCUUUGGAUGUUUUGCACUGACGGAAUUAGCACAUGGAAGUAAUACCAAAGGUGUUCAAACCACAGCAACUUACGAUCCAAAAUCGCAAGAAUUUGUUGUUCAUACUCCCACCUUUGAAGCUACAAAAUGUUGGGUUGGCAAUCUGGGUCAAACUGCUACUCAUGCUAUAGUAUAUGCACAGCUUUACACACCUGACGGCACAUGCCAUGGUCUCCACUCCUUCGUUGUUCAAGUACGUAGUACCACAGAUCUCUCACCCAUGCCUGGGGUGACUGUGGGGGAUCUUGGAGAGAAACUUGGUCUUAAUGGAGUGGAUAAUGGUUUUGUAGCUUUUAACCAAGUUCAUAUUCCAAGAGAAAACUUACUGGGUAAUAAGACAGCUGAUGUGACACCUGCAGGAGAGUAUGUUACACCAUUUAAAGACCCAAACAAGAGAUUUGGGGCUGCUCUGGGGGCUUUGUCUGCAGCAAGGGUUGGGAUAACAAGUAUAGCUGUAACCAACCUCCGAGCAUGUGUGCCUAUUGCUUUAAGGUACUCAGCUGUUAGAAAGCAGUUUGGUCCACCAGGAAAGGGUGAGAUUCCAGUACUGGAAUAUCAAAUGCAGCAAUGGAGACUUAUCCCCAAGCUAGCAGCAACAUACGCACUAGCAUAUUUUGCAAGAACUUUCUUUAUGAACUUUGUGGAAUUCCAAGUCGGUUUGAUGAUGGGAGCAACAGCUGAAGAGCAAGCAGAUUUGGGACGCGAGAUCCAUGCACUGUCAUCUGCCAGCAAACCACUGGCUGGUUGGGUUGCACAGAGUGCUAUUCAGGAAUGCCGAGAGGCUUGUGGUGGUCAUGGUUACCUUGCAAUCAACAGGUUUGGCGAAUUAAGAGAUGAUAAUGAUCCAAAUUGUACUUAUGAAGGAGAUAAUAACAUGCUUUUGUGGCAAAGCAGCAGUUACCUCUUGUCUCUUUUGGAAGCCAAGCAAAAAGAAGGUACCAAUGUCUCCUGUCCACUUCACUCAGCGGACUUCAUUAAUGACAUUGAACAAAUCAUGACACAAAGAUUUCAUGCCAAGACGGAAGACGAUUGUAGGGAGCCAGACUUUUUAGUUGGAGCUUACCAGUGGCUUGUUUGCUACCUGUUAAAAGAGUGUGCUGCCAAGCUUCAACAAGAGAUGUCAAAUGGAAAGGAUCCUUUUACCGCCAAGAAUGACAGCCAGGUGUUUUACUGCAGGUCACUGGCUUUAGCCUACGUUGAGUGCACGGUUUUGCAGAAAUUUAAAGAAGCUAUUUUAGACGAAGAUGAAACUCCACCAGCUCUAAAACCAGUUCUUCUCAAACUUUGUUCUUUGAAUGGCUUGUCUUCCCUGGAGACACAUCUCACUACUCUAUACCAAGGUAAUACAACGACUGGGAAAGACUACUGUCCGUUUGUGAGUAACGUGCCUCAAGUGAGGUUCCAUGUUAACCCGCCACAAGACCUUUUCAGCGAAGAAUCGGACACAGCGAGCGUAACAAGCAGUAUAGCCAGCCCUAAAAUGGAGCGAAAGUUUAAAAAGACAAAAUACAACGUACAACCAAGGAUUGAUACGAACUUAACCCCUAAGCGAAAAGAGAAGGUGGCAAAAUCCUCGGCAGUAGCGACGCCUCGGCUGAGACGGAAAGUUUUUUUUUUUUUUUUUUUUUNUAACCAAGUUCAUAUUCCAAGAGAAAACUUACUGGGUAAUAAGACAGCUGAUGUGACACCUGCAGGAGAGUAUGUUACACCAUUUAAAGACCCAAACAAGAGAUUUGGGGCUGCUCUGGGGGCUUUGUCUGCAGCAAGGGUUGGGAUAACAAGUAUAGCUGUAACCAACCUCCGAGCAUGUGUGCCUAUUGCUUUAAGGUACUCAGCUGUUAGAAAGCAGUUUGGUCCACCAGGAAAGGGUGAGAUUCCAGUACUGGAAUAUCAAAUGCAGCAAUGGAGACUUAUCCCCAAGCUAGCAGCAACAUACGCACUAGCAUAUUUUGCAAGAACUUUCUUUAUGAACUUUGUGGAAUUCCAAGUCGGUUUGAUGAUGGGAGCAACAGCUGAAGAGCAAGCAGAUUUGGGACGCGAGAUCCAUGCACUGUCAUCUGCCAGCAAACCACUGGCUGGUUGGGUUGCACAGAGUGCUAUUCAGGAAUGCCGAGAGGCUUGUGGUGGUCAUGGUUACCUUGCAAUCAACAGGUUUGGCGAAUUAAGAGAUGAUAAUGAUCCAAAUUGUACUUAUGAAGGAGAUAAUAACAUGCUUUUGUGGCAAAGCAGCAGUUACCUCUUGUCUCUUUUGGAAGCCAAGCAAAAAGAAGGUACCAAUGUCUCCUGUCCACUUCACUCAGCGGACUUCAUUAAUGACAUUGAACAAAUCAUGACACAAAGAUUUCAUGCCAAGACGGAAGACGAUUGUAGGGAGCCAGACUUUUUAGUUGGAGCUUACCAGUGGCUUGUUUGCUACCUGUUAAAAGAGUGUGCUGCCAAGCUUCAACAAGAGAUGUCAAAUGGAAAGGAUCCUUUUACCGCCAAGAAUGACAGCCAGGUGUUUUACUGCAGGUCACUGGCUUUAGCCUACGUUGAGUGCACGGUUUUGCAGAAAUUUAAAGAAGCUAUUUUAGACGAAGAUGAAACUCCACCAGCUCUAAAACCAGUUCUUCUCAAACUUUGUUCUUUGAAUGGCUUGUCUUCCCUGGAGACACAUCUCACUACUCUAUACCAAGGUGGCUUCUGUUGUUCAGCGAACGACGCCAGGAUUAUAAGAGCAGCUAUUCUUAGUCUCUGCUACGAGUUAAAAGACGAGGCUGUAGCUCUUGUGGAUGCUUUGGCUCCUCCAGAUUUUAUCCUCAACUCACCCAUUGGACACAGUAAUGGAAAGGCCCACGAAAACUUACAUGCAGCGAUCAUGCAGAACCCAGAGAACCUGAAACGAAUUUCCUGGUGGAAGGAAUGUCGUCAACUUCCGGUCAUCCGAGAUCGUAGCAAGUUGUGAAAAGAAGAUUCAUCGAGAAAAUUUGGAGAUUUUUUGUCCCCACCAUAUAUGUUGAGAUUCGUAUUUAUCUAUAUUAAUUUAGGUGGAUGUUAUAUAUUCAAAUCAUACAAUUUACUCUAGAUACCUUAUUACAUAAAAUUUUCGCGACACGUUAAUUUCGCGAUUUUGAGGUUCGCAUAUUUCGCGACAC